CGCCUGAGAUGAUCAAGUAUGUGUUGACAGCUCAUUUGGGUACAAACCCGAUGAUCGCUAUCUCAAGCACCUGAUUGAGGAAUGGUGCGAAGGUGUAAUACAGAAUUCCCAUCGUAAGGAGGGCCAACGUGCUUACAAGAAUAUGACCUGUCAAGGUCCUGAAAGUCUUCUUCUUGAGAAAGUUGCUGAAAAGUUGCAGAAGAGUAAUGCUCUAUCCGUUGAUCUUCGGGAACUCUCUAAGAUUGAAGCUCGCUUAGUGGUUCUAGCGGUGCUCAGAAUGAUCAAAGAGGCAUUCAGUCCAGGAGAUGUAAUUACAGAUGAUCUGCAGAUCGUACUGGGAGAUGAUCUGCAUGAAAGUGGAGUCAGGGAAACAAUAAUCAAACUCUUGCAGCAUGAUUUGGGUCUUGAGGUUGCUUUGACAGGAUCCAAAACCGAAACUGGCAGAAAUCACAGCAAGAAGAGUUCUGCAAAUGAGGCUUCAAACACGGAGAAAUUACAUCGGGACUCUUCUACGAGGAGGCCUACAGUUUUGCCAAGGUUGAAGAUAACCAAGGAAUCAUUACACAGAUGGCUUCAGAAGAAUGGAUGCUUUUGAAAGACUAUCUUCUACGCCUGGUGUCUGAACACCCAACCUGUAAGAUUCUUUCUGUACUUUAUAUAUGUAAAAAGCUCCAUUUCUCUCCCUUUUUGCACCUGAUCAAUGAAUGUACACUGCUUUGUUUAUUUAUGUUGUAUUAUAUAUAUGUGUGUACAUUGUUGAAGAAAAUAAAGUUUACCCACAGUC